CAGAGAGGCACAGAGAAAGAGAUAGACACAGCAAAAAGCCAGCAGGCAGACAGGCAGGCAGGCAGCGAGCGCUGCUGCCUAGUGAAUCGCUCUCGUCAUGGCCGCUGCUCACAGUCACCACAAUGCCAAUUUGCUCAGCUCGGACAUAUCCCGGCGCAAUCCGCAGGACGAGUACGAUCUCAUACAGAAAAUUGGCUCCGGCACCUAUGGCGACGUUUACAAGGCGAAACGCAUACAGAGCAAUGAGCUGGCCGCCAUCAAAGUUAUUAAGCUGGAGCCAUCCGAUGACAUACAGAUCAUCCAGCAGGAGAUUUUCAUGAUGCGCGACUGCAGGCACCCGAACAUCAUUGCCUACUACGGCUCCUAUCUGCGGCGCGACAAAUUGUGGAUCUGCAUGGAGUUCUGCGGCGGUGGCAGCCUGCAGGACAUCUAUCAAGUGACCGGGCCACUAACUGAACUGCAAAUCGCCUACAUGUGCCGCGAAACGCUGAAGGGCCUGGAGUAUCUGCAUCAGAAAGGCAAAAUGCAUCGCGACAUCAAAGGCGCAAAUAUUUUGCUAACCGAAAACGGCGACGUGAAGCUAGCCGACUUUGGUGUCUCGGCGCAGAUAACAGCCACGAUUAACAAGCGAAAGAGUUUCAUAGGCACACCCUAUUGGAUGGCGCCUGAGGUGGCCGCCGUGGAGCGAAAGGGCGGCUACAAUCAACUCUGUGAUAUUUGGGCCUGCGGCAUUACGGCAAUUGAACUGGCUGAACUGCAGCCGCCCAUGUUCGACUUGCAUCCGAUGCGCGCCCUGUUCUUGAUGUCGAAGAGCGGCUUUAAGCCGCCGGCAUUGAGUAACAAAGACAAGUGGAGCCAAACGUUUCACAGCUUCAUCAAGACCGCACUGACAAAGAAUCCAAAGAAGCGACCAACCGCCGAGCGGCUGCUCCAGCAUCCCUUUGUGCAGAGCGAGAUGCCGCUCCGUGUGCCCAAGGAGCUGCUCCAAAAAUACCAGAGUCCCAAUCAGCAAUACUACUAUCUCGAUGGCGACGAGGAGACGGUGGCCGGCGUACCGCAGCGGAUUCCCAGCAAAAUGACGUCGCGUGCCAAUGGGGUUCCGGCUCAGAACCACACGCUCAAGACAGGCAUGACGACGAAUUCGACGUGGUAUGAGCGUUCUUCUAGUCCCGAAACGUUGCCCAGCGACAUGAGCCUCUUACAAUAUAUUGAUGAGGAGCUAAAGUUAAGCGGCGAUGCAGUCGGCUGCGGCGGCGGUGGCGGCGGCAAAGGCAGCAACGGCCUGGAUAUGAGGCAUGAGACAGCUGCCACGCCACCGGCUAGCGCACACUCUGUCGGCGAUGGCUUCUCGCAUUCCAACAGCGCCUCGACCAGCUCAGCAGCAGCAGCAGCAGCAGCGGCGGCGGCGGCGGCGGCAGGGCAAGCUACACAAGCAGCCACUGCGGCUGCUGCUGCUGCUGGCAUCGCAGCCAACAGUACGGCGCAUAUUUACCUAAAUCUGUUGCGAAGCAGCAGCUCGGACGUUCUGGAGCUUGCCCAAGCAGACGCGGCCAGCGGCGAGAACAGCAACAACUGUGAUUACCGAAGCGAGAGCAACCAGAAUGGCAUAGAGGAUUCGCCAAGACGUCACAGCUCAAUGGACCAGCUAAUUGGUCUGAUCAAUGACUUGGGCAAAACGUCGCGCACGCGCAGCCUCAGCGAUGGCGGUACCCAGGACGACGAUGAAGUGGAAAAGGAGGCGCAACCGGAUCUGCUAAACAAUACGCCACCUGUGCCACCGAAGCGUUCGCAUCGACGUCGACACACGCCGCCGCGGCCCAUUUCGAACGGGCUGCCACCGACGCCCAAGGUGCACAUGGGCGCAUGCUUUUCCAAAAUCUUCAACGGGUGUCCGCUGCGCGUCCACUGCACCGCCUCGUGGAUACAUCCGGAGACGCGGGAUCAGCAUCUGCUGAUCGGCGCAGAGGAGGGCAUCUACAACCUCAAUAUGAACGAGCUGCACGAUGCGGCCAUCGAUCAGCUGUUUCCGCGUCGCACCACCUGGCUGUAUGUGAUCAAGGACGUGCUGAUGAGCCUGUCCGGCAAGUCGUGCCAGCUGUAUCGGCACGACCUGGUCGCUCUGCACUCCAAGCAGACGGUGCGCUUCUCGCUGCACAUGAACAAGAUACCGGAGCGGCUGGUGCCGCGUAAAUUUGCGCUAACCACCAAAGUGCCAGACACGAAGGGCUGCACCCAGUGCUGCGUCACACGCAAUCCCUACAAUGGCUACAAAUAUCUGUGCGGCGCAACGCCGAGCGGCAUCUUUCUGAUGCAGUGGUACGAUCCGCUGAACAAGUUCAUGCUGCUCAAGCAGUGCGAGUGGCCGGCCACCAGCAUUCUGGGCCAGGGCUGCGUCCAGAACGGCCAUACGCCCAUCUUUGAGAUGAUCAUCACGCCCGAGCUGGAGUAUCCAAUUGUGUGCACAGGCGUGCGCAAGGCCCUCAAUGGCUGCCUCAAGCUGGAUCUGAUCAACAUGAACAGUGCCAGCUGGUUCCAUUCAGAGGACUUGGAGUAUGAUGCCAUGGCCACUAUGGUGCCACGCCGCGAUCUGCUCAAGGUGGUGCGCGUCCAUCAGGUGGAGAAGGAUGCCAUACUCGUCUGCUAUGGCAAUGUCAUGCAGGUGGUUACGCUCCAAGGCAAUCCCAAGCAGCACAAGAAAAUGGUUGCUCAACUCAAUUUUGACUUUAACGUGGACAGUAUUGUUUGUCUACCGGACAGUGUAUUAGCAUUCCACAAGCACGGCAUGCAGGGCAAGUCUCUGCGCAAUGGCGAGGUGACGCAGGAGAUCAAGGACAUGAGUCGCACCUAUCGGCUGCUGGGCAGCGAUAAGGUCGUCGCAUUGGAGAGUCAACUUUUGCGCACCGGCUCGCUGGGCAGCGAGGAGGGGCACGAUCUGUACAUCUUGGCCGGACACGAGGCCAGCUACUAGGCGGGCGCUACUUGAUAUAGAUAUUAUAAAUAUAUAUACACAGCUAUAUAUAUACGUAUAUGCAUA